AUGUCCCUUAUCCAGCUGUUCAUUCCUUCCGAGAUUGCUCAACCGACAGUCGCUGAAUUAGGCGAAUUAGGCUUAAUUCAAUUCAGAGAUCUAAAUCCUGAUGUAAAUGCUUUUCAACGCGCAUUUGUCAAAGAAAUUAGAAGGUUUGAUGAAAUGGAACGGCAUCUUCGCUUCUUUACAACACACAUCGAAAAAUCUGACAUACCGAUACGCCCACUUGCUGGUGAUGGUGCUCGUGCUCGGAAUGCACAAGAAAUUGAUGAGUUAGAGGAAAAAAUAGUUGGACACGAACGACGUAUAACGGAGAUGAACACAGCACAUGAAAAUUUACAAAAAAAAUAUUUGGAGUAUACAGAAGCUCGACAUGUAUUGAGAGAAACUGAUGUUUUCUUUAGACAGGCCGGAGCACGCCAAGAUACAAGAAGAUAUUCUUAUGAUGAACCAACUGUACCUUUACUUGAGCAAACUGAUCUUGAACAUGGUGGUCCUCCAGGGGAUGUUCCAUUGAAUCUUGGAUUUGUCACAGGAGUUAUUCCUCGUAGUAAGAUGCAAAUAUUUGAGCGUAUACUUUGGCGCGCUUUACGUGGAAAUCUAUAUCUUAAAUAUGCGGAGAUUGAGGAACCCAUCAUUGACCCCAUAUCGGAUGAAAUAUUAGAGAAGAAUGUUUUCACUAUUUUUGCUCACGGUCAAGAAAUCAUUAGCAAAAUAAGGAAAAUUUCUGAAUCCUUAGGCGCUACACUUUAUCAAGUAGAUGACAACGCUGAUCAAAGACGAGCUGAUUUGUCAGAAGUCACUACCAAAAUAGAUGAUUUGAAUCUUGUCCUUCAGAAUACCAACAAUGCACGAAGACAGGAACUUCAAAAGAUAGCAGAAAAUUUAUCCGCUUGGAUAACUAUCAUUAAAAAAGAGAAAACGGUGUUUCAUACCAUGAAUUUAUUUAAUUAUGAUGUAAAUCGUAAAUGCUUGAUUGCUGAAGGCUGGUGUCCCAGUAAUGAUCUCAAUCAAAUUCAACAGGCUCUUAGAACUGCUACAGAAACCUAUGGUUCUAUGAUUCCAUCUAUUGUUGAUGAAAUAAGAACCACCAGAGAACCACCGACUUUUCAUCGUAUUAACAAAGUUACUGUUGGAUUUCAAGAAAUUGUUGACGCCUAUGGCGUCGCUAAAUAUCGAGAAGUUAAUCCGGGAUUAUUUACCAUUAUAACAUUUCCGUUUCUUUUCGCUGUAAUGUUUGGAGAUUUUGGGCAUGGAAUCUUUGAUAUGUUUUUCGGUGGUCGUUACAUUAUUCUGUUAAUGGGCCUAUUCUCUACUUACACCGGUUUGAUAUAUAAUGAUAUAUUUUCUCAAAGUAUGAUCUUGGCGAAGCCUGGAUUCGAGUGGGAUCUUACGAAUUAUACCAGAGGUCAACUUAUAGAAGCCAAUCCUGUUGGAGUUUAUCCUUUUGGUGUUGAUCCGACAUGGCAUGGAUCCGAUAACCAUUUAUUAUUCACAAAUUCAUAUAAAAUGAAAAUGUCUAUAAUUUUGGGAGUUAUUCAGAUGAGCUUUGGUAUUAUUCUUACAGUAUACAACUAUAAUUACUUCAAAAAAACUUUGAGCAUAUGGACCGAAUUUCUGCCUCAAUUUCUGUUCAUGCAGAGUAUUUUCGGUUACCUGGUAUUUACUAUCAUAUAUAAAUGGUCAGUAAACUGGUAUGAACUUGACGAGCAUGGCAAUCAUAUACACAACAGUCCCCCUGGAUUAUUAAACAUGUUGAUCUUUAUGUUCUUGCAACCGGGAGAAGUUGCUCCAGCCGAUCAAUUAUAUCCUGGACAAGGAUUCGUACAAGGUAGCCUACUUCUACUUGCUCUAAUCUGUGUCCCAUGGAUGUUAUUAGCAAAACCACUGAUCAUGCGUCGAGAACACAAUAAAAUUCGAGCUCUUGGCUAUCAUCACCCUCAAGCAGAUUCCACUCGAAUCUCUUCGUCAACAGAAGAGGAAGAGUCAGGAGGUGCUGUAGUCGCGCAAGAGAUGCACGAGGAAGAAGAUUUCGAUUUUGGGGAUAUUAUGAUCCAUCAAGUUAUACACACCAUUGAAUUUUGCUUGGGAUGUAUAUCAAACACUGCAAGCUAUUUACGAUUAUGGGCUUUAAGUUUGGCGCAUGCACAACUUUCCGCUGUGUUAUGGGAUAUGACUUUGAAGAAUGUGUUUGGACUUACUGGUAUAUUUGGCGGCAUUGCGUUGGUACUUGCUUUUGCUCUCUGGUUUACUUUGACUGUUGUGAUUUUGUUGCUGAUGGAAGGACUGUCAGCGUUUUUACAUGCUCUGCGUCUACACUGGGUUGAGUUUAAUAAUAAAUUUUACGAAGGCAGUGGCACGAAAUUUGAACCCUUUUCAUUUAAAGCCAUAUUGAAGGAUCAAGAGGAAUAA